GUGCUUGUCUGACAGCCGGUCCGCGCGGUUUCACAACAUGUUUUCGUAACCGAGUCUCUUUUUAAAAUUUGUAACAAAAAUCUCGCGUUUCUUUCGUGAAAACUAACCAAAAGUAGCGAAAAAUGUUAGCCCACUUGAGGUUUCUAAAUUCCUGUGGGAAAAGUGCAAAAUACGUGCUUGGUUCGGUGAAUUCACUCAACGCUGGAGCGUCAAAUCUCCGUCGGUUAAGUUCCGGAUUGGAAUCACCCGAGGUGGACAUCUCGCUCAGCACAGGUCGCGUAGUUCGCAUUUCGUCCGGUAAGUACGCGCGCUUCGCCGAUGGAUGUUCCGUCGUGACGGUCGGGGACACGGCCGUGAUGGUGACGGCGGUGGCCCGGCAGAAGCCGGGGGGCGGUGGGUCAAACGCUUCAUUUUUGCCACUGGUGGUGGACUACCGACAGAAGGCGGCCGCGGCCGGUCGAAUUCCCACAAAUUUCUUGCGCAGAGAGAUGGGCCCGUCGGAGAAGGAAAUUCUGGCGGCGCGAUUGGUGGACCGCUCGAUGCGGCCACUUUUCCCAGCGGAGUUUAGGUGCGACACGCAGCUGGUGUGCAACAUGCUGGCCAUCGAUUCGAGCAAUCUGCCGGAUGUGCAGGCGAUAAAUGCGGCUUCGGCGGCGCUCAGUUUGAGCGACAUUCCGUGGAACGGUCCGGUGGGGGCGGUUCGAGUUGGGUUGGUGGACAACGAGAUAAUAAUUAAUCCGACGCGGAAGGAGCUGCAGCUUUCAGCGUUAGAUUUGGUCGUUUCGGCUACGAAACAGAACCUGGUGGUGAUGUUGGAAGGUCGGGGCAACAUUGUGAAUGAAAAUGAGCUGCGGAUGGCGAUUAAGAAGGGCACGCAGGAGGCGCAGCUGAUCAUCAAUGGGAUCGAGAAGCUGCAGAAAAGCCACGGUAAGCCAAAACGGGCGUUGGAACCGUUACCGCAGGCCGAUGAGGAGAUUGAGGCGGCUGUGAGGACGAUGUCCGAGAUGCGGUUGAGGGAGAUUUUCCGAGAUUUCUCGCACGACAAGUUUAGUCGGGACCAGGCGGUUAGUAAGACCCGAACGGACACGAUCGAUAAGGUUUGGUCGAGUUAUCCUAGUGUAGAUCCGGGGUUGAUAGGGGAAUGCUUCAACAAGUUCACGAAGAGUGUCUUCCGGGAGAUGGUUUUCGAGGAGAAUCGACGCUGCGAUGGUCGGUACUUGGACGACUUAAGGAAAAUAUCAUCCAGCGUAAACAUGCACAAACCACUGCACGGUUCGGCGUUGUUCCAGCGAGGACAGACGCAGGUUUUCGCGACAGUUGCGUUGGAUUCGCAGGAAAGCGCCCUUAAACUGGAUCCCAUCACAUCUCUGGACAUGGGCGUCAAAUCGAAGAACUUUUUCCUGCACUACGAGUUCCCACCGUACGCGACUGGUGAAACGGGCAAGAUUGGUCCCGUAGGACGGCGAGAAAUCGGUCACGGCGCCCUGGCCGAGAAGGGCUUACUGCCAAUCAUUCCAAACGACAAUCCGUUCACAAUUCGCCUAACCGCAGAAGUACUUGAAUCCAACGGAUCCAGUUCGAUGGCCACCGUUUGCGCGGGCUCCAUGGCCCUCAUGGACGCCGGCAUCCCCGUUCAAGAAGCAGCCGCCGGAGUGGCCAUCGGCCUAAUGACCAAAUACGAAAACAACGACACCAAACACCUUCAAGACUACCGAAUACUAACCGACCUGCUCGGCAUUGAAGACUACCUCGGCGACAUGGACAUGAAGGUCGCAGGAACCCGCCGCGGAAUGACCGCCAUCCAGGCAGACAUCAAAGUCCCCGGAAUACCGCUCAAAGUCGUCAUGGAGUCCCUCCAGAAAGCGAUGGAAGCGCGCUUCAAAAUCCUCGACCUCAUGAACGAGUCCAUUAGCACCGUUCGCACCCUGAAAAAAGACUGCUGGCCCGUCACGGACAAACUCCAGAUCGAGCCCCACCAGCGAUCGAAGCUGCUCGGCCCCGGGGGAAUCAACAUCCGACGGCUCUAUCUGGAAACCGGCGUCCAGCUCAGCCAGGAAGACGAAAACCAGUUCCGGAUAUUUGCCCCCUCGGAGGCGGCCAUGCACGAGGCGAAAGAGUACCUGGAAACGCUGAUGAAGACGGAAAAGGUGCCGGAUCUGGAGUUUGGCGCAAUUUACACGGCGAAAAUCGUCGAGAUGAAGGACACCGGCGUGAUGGUGACGCUGUACCCGUCGAUGCCGCCGGCGUUGCUGCACAAUUCGCAGCUCGAUCAGCGAAAGAUCGCACACCCGUCGGUACUAGGCUUCGAGGUGGGCUCGGAAAUUCAAGUCAAGUACUUUGGCCGCGAUCCGGUGUCCGGGUUUAUGCGCCUCUCGCGCAAAGUUCUCCAAGGUCCUGCCUCCUCCCCGGUCCGCAAUCUUGACCGCUCUUCUUCCAACGGCAAUGGAAGCUCGCACGAUGUGAAGUCCUCGUAGGGUAAUUUCACAGAAAUAAAAAAGACUCUAGAAGUGUGUUCAAAAGUAGUGUUUAAUGGUGCUUAAAAACCUUUGUAAAUAAUUCACUUAAAAAUACAAUCGUAAGACAAAC